GCAGACAAUUUGCAGGGGGCGCAGCUUCGUCGUGAGAGCACAGGACCUCACCGCCGAGCAGCGCGACAGAGCUUUCACUCGCCACUUCCUUGGCCCAUUUCCCCUGGUGCUGAUGGCACCAGCCGAAGCCAAGGUGCGGGUGUGGAACGUUUUCUGCAACAUUUGCAGAUUUUGCUGCCCGCGGUGGUGUCCGCGACCCCGUCGACGAAAGUUGCUGCCAUUGCAUUGGUGGCCGUCCCUAGUGCUUCCGUGCUUGGUGCUGGUGAUUUGCCUCGUAGCCUGGAGAUUGGCCUUCUACAUGUUCCACUUCUCCACGUCCAUCUACAUGUGGGAAAUCGUUCAGACGGAUCUACCGGGGGAGAUCCGGAUCCAGCUGCCUUCCGAUGAGCAGGCAGAGGCUUCCGCAGCCAAUGCUGAUGAGAGCUGGCAAGCGCGCUAUGUCUUGGUGCCAGAGAUGCAGCGCUUCAUAGUUCUUCUGAUGAUCAGCUGGCUCUGGAACUUGCUUUUCUUCGAGCCACUGUUACUGAUCCUGCAUCUCUUCGUGGGCGAGCCUUCUGUGGAUGAAGCCCUGGCGCCGAUUUUGCCGAUUCUGUGCUUGGUGCGGCGGGGCAUUGCAAAAUGCUGCAGUGUUCUCAGUGCCGUCUUCAGUCGCGUGGGCUCCUUCUUAUAUCGUUUCUGGCCAGAGAAGCAGGUACACAAGGUCUUCCAGCUUUGCAGCCGUUGCCGGCUUUGCAGAUGCCGGUGCUGUUGCUGUUGCAGGCGAACUGAAGUCGAGCCUGUGGCACCCCCUGAUCUCACGGAGACGAUCGACUCGGAGGACGAGGAUGAGGAAGGGCAAUACAAGCAAGAAGGCGAAGAAGGGGCAUGCCGAUGA